AUGGCGCCCAUCGGCGUUGGAAUCAUCGGCCUCUCCGCCCCUGGAGCAUGGUCAUGGGGAGUAAGCGCUCACCUCCCUUACCUCAAAGACACCACAAAAUACAAAAUCACCGGCAUCUGCAACUCAUCUCUGGAAUCCUCGCAAAAAGCAGUCGACGGCCACAAACUCACAGAUGCCAAAGCCUAUGGUUCUGUCGCAGAUAUGGCAGCGAGCUCCGACGUGGACCUUGUCGUUUGUUGCGUUCGAGUCGAUCGCCAUUACGACGCCAUUAAACCCGCCAUUGAAGCUGGAAAGGACUGCUUUGUGGAGUGGCCAUUGGCGUCCAACUCUGAACAAGCUAAGGAGUUGCUGCAGCUUGCUGAGCGCAAGGGUGUCAAGACUAUGAUUGGUCUGCAAGGUCAGAUGAAUCCUGUCAUCAGCCGCGUCAAACAAAUCAUUGAGAAGGACAAAUCCAUCGGUCGUGUUGUCAGUUCGCAGAUCAACUUCGCAGGCAUGCUUGGCGGCAGAGACUCGACCGAAGCAGUUGAAUAUCUCAAUUCUUCUGAGAUUGGUGGUAAUAUGUUGGUUAUUCCCUUCGGACACUUGUACGAUGCUGUGAGCUAUGCUCUCGGCGAACUUCAGGAUGUUUCUUCGACACUGUCUAUCCAGCAUCCCGAUGUUCCGAUCAAAUCUAGCGAUGGCUCAGAGGUCUUGAGAACGAUCAAGCGUACGGCUGCUGAUCAUAUCACCAUGUCUGGUCUUCUCGCAGAUGGAGCACAUUCUUCAGCGGUGGUUACUGGUGGCCAGCCAUUGCUGGAUGAGCCAGCUCUACUAUGGAAGGUUGAAGGAGACAAAGGCGUCAUUGAAGUCCGUGGCAAAGAGAGUUUUGCUCUCAGUAUGUCACUGGAUAUCAAGAUUAGAUUGCAGCUGUUCGAGACUGGAGAGGUCAAGGAAGUCGAACUUACUGAAGACAAGCCGGGACCUCCGGGCAAUGUCAAACGUUUAUAUGACGCUUUCGCUGAUGGUCAAUACUAUCCUGACUGGAAAUGGGCUGUGAAGCGUCAUGCUUGGGUAGAUGCGCUCUACAAGUCAAGCGAAUCGGGCAAGCGUGUGUCUUAUGCCUGA